AUGCGCCGACGACCGAAGAGUGUCCACUGGGGUCCCGCCUUGAGCAGCCCCAACAAGAUCCCCCACGUGGCGGGGGAAGCAUGGGGUCUCUCCCCGAGUGAGUGGGGGGAGGUGCAGUCGGAGCCUCGUGCGGAAACGCCGUCGGCCAGCCAGGAGUCCGGCCAACAGAGAAGCGCUGCGCGGAGAAGCUCGGGACCUGACGGUAGGGGCGAAACUGAGCCCUCCCCUCUCGCGCGGGCAGAUAUUCGCGCAGCGUCGGAGCGCGUAGAGGAGCCACCUGGCCAGGGUCCGCGGCGAAGGGAGGACCGUUGGUCACGGCAAUGUGCACGUGAGUCGGCUCCCCACUCGCGCGCGCCUGACGCACCACUUCCGCGAAGGCAUUCGUGGCACGAUCGAGGGCAGGAUCCUGCCCGCGUCCAUUACCGCCACGCCCCCCGCCAUUCCGCCGGCCACGACGGCCUCCGGAACCAGCCAAGAGUGGACACGGAGGGGACUGCUCGCGGCGACCCGAAUCCCAGCGACGCCCAGGCGACCCCCUCCCCCGCGUCGCCGGAGAUCGCCGCGGAGACCGUUGCGCGGGGGAUCGCGCUCGGGGUGAGCGCUGGCCUGCCCGACCACGAGGGGAUUGGGGGCGAGGAGAGCGAUGGCCCGCAGGGGACAGCUGAUCGCCAGCGCCGUCCCGGUGAUCUCCGCGACGCUCUGGGGAGCGUCGGUGGGGAGAUUGCUGACGCGGCUGCUGACGGGGCGGCGAACGCCCACGCUCCUGACGCGGCUGACCGGCAGGUCGACUCGAUGCAUUCUGAGCAGGGACCCACGAGUACUCCGGUGAAUGGGGCUGAGGAAAACGUCGAAGAGGAAGAGACAGCCCGCGAUCCAAGCGGGGGACAGGCUCAGACGCGGAGGGGCACGCAGCAGCGUGAGGACGAGGAGCAGCAGGCCCCUGAGCUCGGGGCGGGUCAAGCCGGGCGCUCUCCGCGGUACUCUCUUGCGCGCGAUCGCGACCCGCGGUUGGGUCCAUUACACCGGAGCACGGAGCCACGGACGCCAGCAGCAGCGGGCCGCCAAAGAAGGGGCCGUGGUUCUACCUCCGCGCCUCAGCCAGCACGCCGCGACGCAGCAGCAAGCACGACGCCGCGAGGUAUCCGCGUGGCUAGAGGUGGGAGACGAGGCGGAAGCAGAGGAGGAGGCGUCACAGUUCAACGACGAGGGGCUAGUAGCUUCGCGAGGGCUGCUCACCGGAUCCUGCGGGGUAGAGCUGGAGAUGGAGAAGAGUCGAGUGAUGAAAACAACGUGGGUGACCCACUUUUUAACCCUGAAAGAGAGGGGAUUUCUAGUCCCACUCCCCAGGUGGACGAGGCAGAGCAACACGAAGAGUUGGAUCGAAACCCAACACAUAGCCGAGGCGCAUCUGCAAUUCGAAUUGGGAGGCAGAAUCAAGUCGCAGGGGGAAACCGAGCCGCACAAAUUGCAGAUGGCACCCCGUCCCGAGGCAAUCAGCAAGGCGCGGGUGCACCCACCCGCCAGCCAAUGUUCAGUGCUGGCGACCUGGCAAAACGCCAGGACCUUUUCGCAGACGUCGCAACUUGGGACCUCAACCCCCUUCGCGACAGCAGGCAACCACCGCUCGCCCGUCACCCACCUCGCACACUUCGCGACUCUUUCACUGCCUGCCUCCUCACCCCGCUGCUACACCUUGCCCGGGACCCUGACUCACCUGCGGGAUGGAGGUUACUUAUGCUCCUCCCGCGAAUCCUUCUGCGCACCUCGUCAGCCAAGCGCCCAGAUUGGUCGAAGGUGGGCGCCAGGCUAAUUCAGUUCCGCCAGGGCCUCUGGCGGAACCUGUAUGACGAGGCGGCUGACGCAGUAUCCCAACCGCCCCAACCCCGCCAUGCGCCUGACACCACAGGCAUCCUAGCAAGGGCUGAGGGAUUGGCCAAACGAGGGAACCUCGCAAAAUCACUCCAAUCCCUCACGGCCACGCCAGUCUCCCCCCCAUCCACGGACGUGCUCCAAGCUCUCUCAGCUAGACACCCCCCUGCGUGCCAAGCUAUCCCUGACUGGGUACGGGAGUUCACCACAGACACCUCCCCAUCAAUCCAGCCCCGCGACUUCAGACGCAUCCUCGCCAAAUGCCCGAACGGAGUGGGCGCUGGCCCCUCAGGCACCACCUUCGAACACCUGAGGGACGCUGCCCUAGGAAACACAGACAUCUUCCUACAGUUGCAUGCACUUACUAACACUGCGCUGGCUGGGAAACUUAGCUCGGAGGCAGCAGAACUCCUCACAGCUUCACGCUUACUUGCGUUCGCCAAGCCACAUGGGGGUACACGGCCGAUCGCGGUGGGCGAAUGCCUGCUACGUCUAGUCGCCAAAGCGGCUUUAUUCUUGGCGGCCGAGAAAGCACGUGAACACUUCGCGCCGCUCCAAUUCGGCGUGGCGAUAGCGGGAGGCAUCGAAGCGGCAGUGCACACAGCCAGAACCUACCUGGAGGAGAAUAAAGGGGCGGUGGCGCUUCAAAUCGACCUUGCGAACGCCUUUAACGCGGUCGAGCGAGCGGCGGUGUUCGAAGGCCUCAAGGGGACCACCUUGGAGUUCAUGGUGCCCCUGGUGCGGCUGAGCUAUGGUGCCCCUUCGGCACUACACCUCGACCACGCGUUUCACACUCCCCCCCUGCUGUCCGCGCGCGGCGUUCGCCAAGGGGAUCCGCUGGGACCCCUCCUCUUCGCCGCCAGCAUUCACCCCUGCUUGGUUGCAGCGGCGGAGGCGCAUCCAGAAGUCGUCAUCCUCGCGUACGCGGACGACAUUACGCUCUUGGGGGAAGCAGCGGCGUGCACACGGGCAUUCACCCACCUCACCAGUGCCCUGCUCUCCCUGGGCCUGGAGCACAACCCCGAAAAGUGCGCGGCGUGGUCGGCUGCCCACGUCGACCUCGCCUCCCUGCCCCAGCAUGUCCCUUUCUCGGCUGACGGGAUCCGCGUCCUGGGGAGCCCAAUCGGACCGCAGCCAGGAUGCGCGGCGAUGGUACAGGAGCGCCUGUCGGCAGCAGCAGAGCCGCUACAGCUCCUUUCACAAAUGGACCCGCAGCUGUGCCUGCUACUCCUCACUCGGUGCGUGAGCCGCCGUGCGUCCUACCUCGUUAGAACAACGCCCUUGGACGUCCUGCCAGAGGAAACAUGGUCGGCGUGGGGGGAACAGCUGCUGCACACUUACCUGUCAGCUGCACACACGGCGAUACCCAGAGAGGAGGCGGAGCGGGUGAGAAUCUGGCGGCAAGCAGCCCUACCCGCGACACUGGGCGGCCUUGGCAUCACCAACCCAGCAACGGAAGGGGCGUUCGCAUACCUGGCCUCGGUCAUUUCCUCUGCUCACCUGCUGCACUCGUUCGGCGACGCGGUGCACCCCGCCAUCGCCCUUAUGCUGCCGCUGAUGGACGCGGCUGCGGACUCACCCUCGGUCCUGCCAAGGCGCCUUGCUGCAGCUGAAGCUGAGCUGCCGCCGGACGGUCUUGAAGCUCUGCAGGCCAACGCCCUCCGCGACAAGACCCACGAGGCCAUUGCCGCGGAUGAGCUCAGCCUGCAGGGCCCGUUCAGCAGCCUGGGGGAGGAGCAGCUGUACCAGCUGCUGGAAGACCCCACGGGCCAGUAG